UCCACCUUGGUGACACGACAAUACGACUCUGAAGCCGAGAAGAAUGGUGUUAACAUUUCUGCCGCGAUGGUUGCUGGUGGCGACGAAGGCCAGUAACGAGGCUCUUGAGGAUCAAGCGACGUGGAGGACGAAAUCCCCGAUGGAAACGCAUGUAUGGAGGUAUGGCAGCAUUGCAAGAGCCCGAGACGGUCACUGGCUAGAGCAUCAUCCUACGAGAAAGAUGUCCUUCCGAGGAGACUCCACUCUCGGCGAUUUGCUAGAGACUAGGAAUUGGAUAUGCUUUAUUCUCCAUUGGGUUUAUAUAAGGGCAAAAAGUGCGGAGCUUUAUUUUCCUAGGGUUUAUGUCCAGAUAGAGCUAGCGAGAGAGAUGGGGUGUUCUUCCUGGCGCAAACACGGGGUCUUGGCGGUGGCCAUCCUUGGCGCCGCAACAGCAAUGGCGGCAGCAACAAUCUUCCUCGGCCGGUCCCUGACAGAUGCGGCGAAGUCGCUGUCGGAUACUGCGAGCUCCUUGAAGGAAUCGCUCGAUUCCUCCGCGAAAUCUUUCAAGGAAUCGUUCGAUUCUUCUGUGGCGUCGUUCGACCGUGGAGUGGCUGCUUUGGAUCGCGGCAUCGACACAAUCGGCGCGUUCAAGGUGCUCAAGAACGGGUGCACAGUCUCCUUAAAUCCAGUCGGCUUGGUUCCGAGGGAAGAUUAAUCUCGGCGAUCGGAUGAUCCAAAGCGCAGGAAAGCAGCGAGCUGGCAGCGAAGCGCGAUGGGUUUUUUCUCCUUUUUCUUUCCUUCUUUCUUUCGCUUCCUUUGACUGACACAUUUUGAGCGAGCAAUUGUAUAGGUUUUGCGAGCGUUUGUAUAGAUUUGCGAAGGAGAAUGUAACAAUUCUUUCGGACGUUCUAGUUUCCGAUCUCUUUGCUCUCCAGCAUGCAAGUUUAAGACCGGAGGGAACCUUCUCGAGCAG